CAAUUUCCCCGCUAUAUAUAAUUCACUCACGUAUGCUCUUAGCCACCCUGCUUUCCAUUACUGUAAUAUUUAAUUAAUAAACCUUUCUGCUUUUCUUCUUCUCUCACAUUUACAAUAUGGGCAAAUCUGCUUGCUGCGAUAAAAAUGGAUUAAAGAAAGGUCCUUGGACUGCUGAGGAAGAUCAGAAGUUGAUGGACUAUAUUCAGAAACAUGGGCAUGGCAAAUGGCGAACUCUCCCCAAGAAUGCAGAGCUUAAAAGAUGUGGGAAGAGUUGCAGACUUCGCUGGACUAAUUACCUGAGGCCUGACAUCAAAAGAGGCAAGUUUUCUGCUGAGGAAGAAGAAGCCAUAAUACAAUUGCAUGGUGUUUUGGGAAACAAGUGGUCUGCUAUUGCCUCUCGCUUGCCUGGAAGAACAGAUAACGAGAUCAAGAAUUUCUGGAAUACCCACAUCAAAAGGAGACUAUUGAGAAUGGGAAUUGAUCCUGUUACCCAUAAGCCACGCCUGGAUCUUCUUCAACUAUAUUCACUUCUCAAUUCAUCUCUCUGCAACUCCUCUCAUCAGAUUAAUAUUUCAAGCUUGCUUGGGAUUGGAUCCAUGUUAAAUCCAAAUCUAGCCACUUCUCUCUUGUCAACUCAAAGCAACAGCCAUGAUAUUAGUCCUGGAAAUUUUCAAGAACACCAAAAUGACAAUUCGCAAGUUCAAAACCAAUUCCAGAGCUUACAGCCAAACCAAAUUAUGGACUCAAGUCCCCAAUUUCUAAAUGAAACCCAACUCUUGCAAGCCAAUUUGGAGCAAAUUUCUACUAGCCAAACCAACUUCAACUGCCUAAAUUCUUUGCAAAGUUUAUGGCAAGAAACUGGAAAAUCUGCUAAUAUGGGAGAGAGCUUGAUGCCAAACUGUGGAUAUAAUGAGAUGAGUAACCAAGCCAUGAUGAAAUGUUCAUUUGAAAAUAUAUCAAAUUUGGGUUUGAACUCAUCACUGUUAUCAACACCUUCAUCGAGCACGACUCCAUUGCAGUCUUCGUCGACAACAUAUGUCAAUGGGGGCACAGAAGACGAAAGGGAUAGUUACUGUAGCAACAUCAUGAUGUUUGAUAUUCCCAGUGCUUUGGAUGUCAAUGGGCUCUUGUAAUAAAUUUAAGGUUAGCGAUUAGGUAAUUAAGUAGCUAAACGUUCGUCUCUUCUCAAUCAUCAGAAUGUUCUUUUUUUUUUUUUGGAUUUUGAUUAUUGUAUGUGCGUGGGUGCUCAAUGUAUGGAAUGGUAGCAAAAUGUAUUUUUCUUUUUGGUUUCUUAAAUGAUAAAAUAUUCAAAGAAAUUGUAUACCGCCUAAAUGAUAACUC